CUCCGCCUCACUACCAUGCAUGGCAUGAACGGCUUUGGCAAUGGCAAGAUCCACACACGCCGCAAGUGCCGCAACCGCUUCGUCAAAAAAAAUGGCCAGUGCAAUGUGCAGUUUGCCAAUAUGGAAGAAAAGUCGCAGCGCUACAUGGCCGACAUAUUCACCACGUGUGUCGAUAUUCGCUGGCGGUGGAUGCUGGUAGUCUUCACUCUCGUGUUUGUCGUCUCCUGGCUAGCCUUCGGUUUGGCCUUUUGGCUCAUUGCUUUGCUGCAUGGAGAUCUGGAUAACCCUGCCGGAGAUGACAACUUCACUCCAUGUGUCCUACAGGUCAAUGGAUUUGUGGCUGCCUUUCUAUUCUCCAUUGAAACACAGUCUACGAUAGGUUAUGGCUACCGCUGUGUCACUGAAGAGUGCCCAGUAGCUGUCUUCAUGGUGGUCUUUCAGUCCAUAGUGGGCUGCAUAAUUGACUGCUUUAUGAUUGGCGCCAUUAUGGCCAAGAUGGCGAGGCCUAAGAAGCGAGCACAAACACUGUUGUUUAGCCACAAUGCUGUCAUUGCCAUGCGGGAUGGAAAGCUAUGCCUCAUGUGGAGGGUGGGCAACCUUCGCAAGAGCCACAUUGUAGAGGCCCAUGUCAGGGCGCAGCUCAUAAAACCUCGGAUCACUGAUGAGGGCGAAUAUAUUCCUCUAGACCAGAUAGACAUUAACGUGGGCUUUGAUAAAGGCCUGGACAGGAUUUUCUUGGUUUCACCCAUCACUAUUCUCCAUGAGAUUGAUGAGGAGAGUCCCCUAUUUGGGAUCAGCAAGCAGGACUUGGAGACAGCAGACUUUGAGAUUGUCGUCAUCUUGGAGGGGAUGGUUGAAGCGACCGCCAUGACCACGCAGGCUCGCAGCUCUUACUUGGCCUCUGAGGUCCUUUGGGGUCACCGUUUUGAGCCAGUCUUGUUUGAGGAGAAGAACCUGUACAAGGUGGAUUACUCUCACUUUCACAAAACCUAUGAGGUGCCGUCCACCCCCCGCUGCAGUGCCAAGGACAUGGUGGAGAACAAGUUCUUAGUCCCCAGCUCUAACUCUUUCUGCUAUGAGAAUGAGCUGGCCUUCCUUAGCCGUGAUGACGAGGAGGAGGAUGUAGGUGGUGGGAGCAGAGCCCUGGCGAAUCUCAGUCCAGACCGGAACAGCCGACAUGAGUUUGAACGCUUACAGGCCACCAGAUCGUUGGAUCAAAGGUCAUAUCGCAGAGAGUCGGAAAUAUGACCUCUACCCAUUGACUCUGGGUCAACAUUCAUUAACUUUAUUCAAGGGUAAAAAUGCAGAGCAAUGCAAAGUGCCAUAGGAAAAGCUGACUACUGUGAAAGAUUGGAAAAGAAAUAAGACAAGGGUGAAAGGGACUUAAUUGUAAGGAAUGGGAAACAGCAAGAGUACACAGCCUAUGUUGUGGUAAGGAAUGUCUACAAUCAAGGAAAAGGCUAGGGAAAGACCUUCUUCCUUAAUGGAAACUUGAAUCUUUUUUCACAUGGUCAUUUUGAGUUAAGAGUGUUCAAUGAUAGCGCAUCAAGAACUAUUAUUACAGAACCUUAUAAUCAAAUCUUAGGUGUAAAUACAUUGCUUAGGUAAGUUAUGUUUUGUGUGCAGUAUACAUUUCCAAAAAACACCUCUAAAAAAUAGAAGUUCCUAUUCCAACUUGUUCUUGGGCACAAAUAAUAGUGUUACAAGGCUUCUCUCGAGCUCUCCUCACAUUCCUGUAAUUUGCUGGACCUGCGUUCAGUGACACAUUGAAAAUUCGUGCACUGCAGCAUUCAGAUGCAAUGAGCCAUGAUAAAACAUCUGACCGUGAGCCACUGAGAACAACAUAAUACGACACCUUCAUUUUAGUGUUGGUGUGAUCGAAAUAUCUACACAUGUAGGAAGAGUAGGCGAAAUUGAUUGCACUAAGAAGAACUUAAAAGAGUAUGUUGAGAUGAAAUCAAAUUAUAUAGAGAAACAAUAUACUUCUAAUCUUGUUAUGCCUCAUGUUUUAACCUUAUUUUAAAGCCAUGAUUUGGCUGCACUGGCCACAUCAUGUCAUGAACAAAGAUUGAUAAGUAGUCAGGUAAAACAACACUAAAGCACAAAUGGACAACAGUCUUAAAUAAACUUUUUGUAGUUUCAUAGCAUUUUGGCAAGAUACAGAUUGCAAUAUCCAAGCUUUUAUCUAUAAAAUUAAUAACCGAAUAGCAGUAACCUCACAAAGAAAAGCACCUUAAAGUGUAAAUUUACAUUCACAACUUGAACAAUUAUCUAAUAAACUUAAUUCAAACUGUAACAAACUAAUUGAUCACAAUUCAUGUUUUUGUCCUCUUUAAAAAUAAAUCUAUGCAUAUUAUUAACAAUAUCAGGGGACAGAAAUCCUAUUGAGUUAUGUGUGAGAGGAAAGUAUGUUAUGACAUUGCUUUAAUCAGUACCUAGGCUGAAAUUAUUUAAAAAAAAUACUUUGUUUCUAAGAGUUGCUGUUAUGUUUAUCAAAUCUAUAUCACAAGAGAUACAUUGAAUUGAUGGUCAAAAUUUAACAUAUCGCUAAAACCUUUAAAAUGUCAACAUGGACGAAUGAGAAUUAUUUCUAACAAUUAAACAAGAAAAAAGCCUCAUAAGGGCAAAUGUGUCUACAACACUUCUGCUAAUAAGGUUAGAAUAGUCCAAACGUGUUAGCCAACUUCCAUUAGCUGGCCUUACAUUUCUGUUCAUUUUACAUCAGCGGUGGGUAAAUUUAACUGUUUUUUAUAUCAGUAAUAACAGAGUCAGUCUCUGUUUCAAACAUAUAGACUAAUGACAAAGUAUUAUUUCAUUAUUAGUUUGGCUGGAAACCUGUUCACUGUCAUUGAACAAUGAACAAUCACUGUCAUUGAUCCAAACAGAUAGAUUUAGAAAUGAGCAACUGCAAAACAAAGAGAAAUGGCUUCCUCCUUCAUCCCUCAUUUUGAUUCCUCUAGCACUGAAAAACAUCACAUACUGUAGACAGCUAGAUGAAUUUUAGCAAUACGCUAAUAUGAUGAGCUAAGACACUGAACUGAGGUCUGAAUGGAAGCAAUAAAAACUGAAGCACACCUUUCUCAAUUAAUUUUAAGUAAGCAUAUUUAAAAGUCUUCAGGUUCAAAGAUGUUAAGUGAAAGUAAUGGUUGUGUUAAGGAGAAUGACCCUGCAUUCUUUACUUUUUAUUGUCCUUGUACAUAUAUGAUUUCUCAGAUUUGAUACCAAAGUUAUGAGUGUAGCUCAGACUCAAGUUUUAAGUGACUGUCAUGGUACUUUUCCAAAAAACUGUUGAGACUGAUCUUGAAAAACUGAUGAGUCAUAUUCCAAAAAGGUGUUUGAGUCUCUAGUUUGAAAUCGUCCUUAAAAUAUGCCAUUAAUUAAAGCAAAUCCACACUCAAUGAAAAGUUCAAAACAAAUCAACUAAACAUUUAAAUUAUAAACUCAAUCAUUUGCUCAUCACUAUAUAGGAGUAGUUUAAGAGACACAAUUAUAAUGCAUGACAACUUUUUUUCUUUGGCAUGAAUAAUUAUCCCUUAUUCUAGAUGCCUAGUCAGAAUUAUUCAAACCUCAACAUGUUUAUGUUGUGUCACAGAAUUGUGUUAAUUAAGUCCAGUUAAUCUAUUACCUCACUGAAAAUGUGGAUGUCAUGUCCCUGUGGAACAAUUUAGUUAACUUUCACACAUAAAAGAUUAGCCUACAUACAGUAUGUGUUAAGAAGGAAACAUAAAAGGAUAUGGUGGAAAAAUUACGUCAUGAACACAUGAGGGGACCAUAAAAUGGUCGUUAUGUUGGUCACAAUGACUAAUAUUUUCCUAAUAGUCAUCUUGCGGUAGUAUAUAAUAUUUCUUGGUUACAUGUUGCUUUUUUAGAAAAUUGUGGGAUGUAGUAAAAUAUAAAGAGCAUUUUCUGGCUAAUAAAUGAAGUUCUUUACCCAACCCUAAACAUUUAUAAUGCUCAUUGCCUUCUGGGAAGGUUCUAUACACUGAUGUGCAAAGCCUCUGCACCUACUCAGUGGUGAAAAAAAAAGUGAAGCAUUUCUACUGAAUAAUUUUUCAUAAUUGUUUUAGCGUCGAUGUUGCCCACCUGAGCCCUUAAAAAAGAAACACACACAAAUGUUUGAGCUAAAUAUAUAGGUUUAUAGUGUAAAAAGCAUAGUAACAUAAAGUAUAAUAGGGAGCAGCCAGGCUGAACAAACCUGCUUAUUUUUAUACAAAGUUCUUUUUGAUAGAAUACAGCAAUCGAUAUUUAUCUGUUUUCAUCUGAGUACUACAAUGAAAUCACUAUUGAGAGGCAAAAAUAUGAUUCUUGUCUCACUUUUCAAUGAUUUAAUUUCUGUUGUUUCUUUUCCGCACAGAUGCUCAUGAUUAAACAGGUAUUUCUCUUAAAGGGAUGAUUGGAAUAACCUUUGACCUCUGUAGAAGUCUUCCUAUGUCCAGCAAAAUGUCUACUGGGCUUUUGAUUUUAAUUCAAAGUCAUUUAAAUUAUUCAAUUAAAAACUAACUG